UAGAUGGCAGAACUGCACCGCAUAGCGGAAACCUUGUAAUAGAAGAAGAAAGACUAGGAAGCGAGCUUGUGUUUGGUUUCCUGUAGAGACGGAGCGGGGUUAAAACCGUGAAAAACGUACACAUGGACGAAUCUGUUGUUCAAGCCAGGAUUCCUCAGGCCCUUGUGAGUGUUCUUGGUGUUGAGUCUAAGCCAACAUUAAAGGCAGAGGCUUUUACUGAGGCAUUCCUGAAGAACGGCUUACAACGGACACCAAAAUGCGAUCUGAAGAGCAUGUUGAGUCACAAAGCUGUGGUUCUGGACUUCACUAGGCCCAAAAAGGAAAAGAAAAACUGCAAGAAGGCCAAGGGACUGAAUGCUCAUCAGAAGAGGGCAAUGAAGGUUUUCGAGAUCAAGCCUGAACACCAGAGAUACGAACUCUUCCUCCCUCUUCAUCAACUCUGGAGACAGUACAUUGUUGACCUGUGUGGUGGCUUGAAACCAACAAGCAACCCAAAUGUGGUCCAGCAGAAGCUUCUGAAGGCUGACUUUCAUGGUGCUGUCAUCACAGUGGUUCGGUCCAAGUGUCCUUCAUACGUGGGGACCACAGGGAUUCUAGUCCAAGAAUUCAAACAUGUCUUCAAAAUUAUCACCAAACAGGACAAAAUUAAAGUCAUCCCUAAAAGGAACAGUGUGUUUGCCAUAGAGAUCAACGGCUUCAUCUCACACAUCUACGGAAACAAGUUUGAGCAUCGAGCGAGUGAACGCUCCGCCAAGAAGUUUAAAGUCCGAGGGACCAUCGACUUAUGAGGGCGCAAGGAGGACUGGGUGUUAACAUUAGAAACUCAUGGCCAUCAGCACACGGAUGUGAUUGUGCUGUUUACCAUCUUUGGAACCAUGUAUGAGCUAUUGACCCCGAUAAUGUCUUCAGGGUUGUCUUAAGUUGCGUUAUACAACUGAAUGCUGUUUCUAUUUUGGGCAAUGCGUUUAGCUCAAUGGUAUUUAUAGUACUAACCUUAAUUUUAAGGGUCCACAUUUCUGCUUUGCUUAAUUAUUUCAAGGUGGUCUGGCUGCUGCACAACAGAGCAAUGGAAAUUGCUCAUACAAGCUUAGGUCCAGUAGGUUUUAUUGUGUUCUGACUAAAAGUCUAACCAGUAAGUGUCACAUGCUCCUCUUUAUUAUUUAUUUCAGCUUGUUUAGCUUCUUUUUUUAAGUUAAAACAUCUUUUGUUACCAGCUGUCAACAGUCAGACAGCAGUUUUGAGGCAAAGUCUGUGUAUUUCACAUGUUUUUGGUUAAUGAAUGUUUUCCCUGAAAACAAGUGUCAGAGAAAACCAAUGCACAGAACUUCCUUGCUCUCUUUAUGUAACAAGCGUCAUAAAACACGCAAUGGUGUCACACAAUGCAAAUAUAGCAACAACGCUGAGUACCUUUUAUUAAGCACUGCCUCCUGGAAGUAUUGAGUCAUCACUCAGAUUCAGUAAGAUAAGAUUCCUCCUUACUGCCAAGCUUCAUGAAUCUAAUGUAAAAAACGGAUUCAGCAGUCGUCUUGAUGUUUUUCUAAACUUUAUCAGAGAGAGGUUCACUCAGUGCAAAAUACAGCUCACAUAUAAUACCAACAAAUGUGUGCUUCAAUAAAUGUAGACUUUUUUUCAGUUAGGUUGUUGUGUAGAAUCCAAAUAAAAGCAAAGUACAACAA